GUACAAAUUACUGGUAUUAAUUCAGAAAUUUCAUUAAGAUUAUUAAAGUAUAUGAUGUUUUUAAUACCAUACUGUAUGUUACAAAAUAGUUUUUUUUCCUUAAGAAUAAGAUUUGUUUCCUUUUUUUGAAAAUUAGACAAUUCAGACAUGGCAGAACUUUUUAUGGAAUGUGAAGAAGAAGAGCUAGAGCCAUGGCAGAAGAAAAUAAAAGAAGUUGAGGAUGAUGACGAUGAUGAACCAAUCUUUGUUGGAGAGAUAGCAAGUUCAAAACCAGCAAUUUCAAAUAUUUUGAACAGAGUUAACCCCAGCUCAUAUUCAAGGGGAAUAAAGAAUGGUGCACUCAGUCGAGGUAUUUCUGCUGCAUUCAAGUCUACAAGUCAACACUAUACGAACCCAUCAAAUCCAGUUGCUGCCUCGCCAGUAAAUUUUCAUCCUGAAUCUAGAUCUUCAGAUAGCUCUGUUAUUGUACAGCCUUUUUCUAAACCUGGCUAUUUAACAAAGUCAUCCCGAGUUGUAUCUAGUAAUUCUUCUGAGUUACUGUUUGACUUGACCCAGGAUACAGAAUUACCACAGUACCAAGGGAUACCAACAAUUUCUGUAGCAGGUAUGAAUGAAAAUUUGUUUUUAUCAAAACGUCCUUCUGCUUCUGAAGUGAACAGUGUAAAUCCAAAAAAACCCAAGCCUGGUGAAAGUGUUUCUGUAACAGAUUCCUCAGCUGUAUUCCCUGUAGCUAAAUCUCCUUCACUGAUGUCUCCCCAAGCUAUGUCAUCAAAAGGUGAAAAUACUUCAUCAAAUCAAUCUAAAGAUGGAACACCUUUUCCACGAGCUUGUCCAAAGUGCAAUAUUCAUUUCAAUCUUCUGGAUCCUAUGAAAAAUCACAUGCAGUAUUGUUGUCCAGACAUGAUAAAUGACUUUUUGGGACCAGAUAAAACAGAAAACUCAAAUACAGCAAAUAAAGCUAUGACUGCUGAUUCAGAGAAAGGAAAAUUGAUCAUGUUAGUUAAUGACUUUUAUUAUGGAAAACAUGAAGGAGAUAUCCAGGAAGAACAGAAGACUCAUACAACCUUUAAAUGCUUCAGUUGUUUGAAAGUUCUCAAAAAUAAUAUUAGGUUUAUGAACCACAUGAAACACCACUUGGAACUUGAGAAGCAGAGCAGUGAGAGCUGGGAAAACCACACCACCUGCCAGCACUGCUACCGGCAGUUUCCCACACCCUUCCAGCUGCAGUGCCACAUCGAGAGUACACAUACUCCUCACGACUUUUCUACCAUUUGUAAAAUCUGUGAAUUAUCAUUUGAAACAGAACAUGUUCUUUUACAACAUAUGAAGGACAAUCAUAAACCCGGUGAGAUGCCAUAUAUCUGCCAGGUUUGCAAUUAUAGAUCAUCAUCAUUUUCUGAUGUAGAAACUCAUUUUCGAACAUCUCAUGAAAACACUAAGAAUUUACUUUGUCCAUUUUGCCUCAAAGUUAUCAAAAUUGCAACACCCUAUAUGCAUCAUUAUAUGAAGCAUCAGAAAAAAGGAAUACACCGUUGUACAAAAUGCAGACUGCAAUUUUUGACAUGCAAGGAGAAAAUAGAUCAUAAGACGCAGCAUCAUCGAACAUUUAUAAAACCUAAGCAACUGGAAGGAUUGCCUCCUGGAACAAAAGUUACUAUUCGAGCUUCAGUUGCACCCCUUCAGUCAGGACCUUCAACCACACCUUCCAUAAGUGCCAGUACUUCCACCCUUCAACUCUCUCCUCCAAGGACUGAAAAUACACCUGCUAAAUCCCCCACCAAAUUGAGUACAAGUAAACCUGAUACAACCAGAUCUGAAGCAAGUAAACCUAAUGGAAGUAAAUCUAAAUGCAAAUCAAAAGUCUCUAAUAUACAAAAGAAACAAAGCACAUUGGUUAAUAGCAAUAAAAAAAGUAAGGUCAAUACAUCAUUGAGGAACUUAAGGUGUAGUCGGGGCGUACACAAGUGCAUUGAAUGUUCUUCUGAAAUAAAAGAUUUUGCAAACCAUUUUCCUACGUAUGUCCACUGUGGUUUUUGCAGAUACAACACUAGCUGUAGCAAAGCCUAUGUAAAUCAUAUGAUGAGCUUUCAUAGUAAUCGUCCAAGUAAAAGGUUUUGUAUAUUUAAGAAGCAUUCAGAAAAUCUCAGGGGCAUUACUCUAGUGUGCCUUAAUUGUGAUUUCCUAACUGAUGUUUCUGGCUUAGAUAAUAUGGCUACACACUUAAGUCAACAUGAAACUCAUACUUGCCAAGUUGUAUUGGAGAAAGUUUCUGUUUGUAUCCCAACUUCUGAACAUCUUUCUGAAUUAAAACAUGAAGCUCCUACUAAGGAACAAGAACCUAUAUCUAAGGAAAUUGCAAGGCAUACUGUGGCUGAAAGAAAAACAGAAACAUCAAGUUCUGAAAGCAAGCAAGAUGAAGAUUCUUCAUCAGAAGAAAAAAAUGAAUGUGAUACAGAUUUAUCCGAAGGUUUAUCACCAACAAAAAAAGAAGAAAAUGUAACAGAUAGAGAAAAUGAUGCCUGUCCUGCAUACCAGGAAAGUAGUUCAAAGAAAGUCUUGAGUCAUGAUUCAGACACUGGUGCAGAUAAAAUGGAAAAGGAAAAACAAAUGCAUCACAAUUUUCAGGAGAAGGAACAGGAGAUGGGCCAAAGUUCAGAAAACAUAAUUUCAUGUGAUCAGAUUAAAGAUCAUAACUCCAGUGGAGCUAGAUUUUUCUCAAAGAAUAUUAAGAAUUUGCGGUUGACAUCAGAUGAUUUUUUGAGGAAAAGAGAUGAACCUGAAUCUGUUAGUUCUGAUGUUAGUGAGCAAAGCAGUGUUCAUUUGGAACCUUUGACUCCAUCAGAGGUGCUGGAGUAUGAGGCCACAGAGAUUUUUCAGAAAGGUAGUGGUGAUCCUUCGGCCAAGACUGAUGACACUGUGUCUGACCAUGCAGACAAUACUUCCAGAGAAGUCAGUCCUAGCACACCAGACAAAACAGUAGUCCUAGCAGAUAAAAAAGAAAGAAGCUGAAAUUACUUAGUCAUUCUUAAUUUUAGUGUACCAACAUCAAAGGGCAUUUGGCACACUGACCGGUGAGCUCAGUAGUGAUGUGGUAGAAUUCAGAAGCACAAAGAUGUGAGGGAGUUCAUUCACACACUUCACCAGUGUGUUCAGUUUGCUAGUAAACAAGUCAACUCUCCAAGAAUAGCAUGAUUCGUGUGGGUUUCACGCUCUUUAAAAACCAACAAUUUUAAUGAAAGCUAAUUUGCCAGAAGGUCUCAUUUAGCACUUUUUGAAGAAAUGGAAUAGAGUUGCCGAAAUGAGUUGAUUUUAAGAAUAGUAAUUAUAUUAAUAACACUUUUAUAUUAGUCAAACUUGCCUCAGACCUAAGCUUAAAAUCUUUAUUACCUAUAUAUCUUCAGUUAACUUAAAGGAAAAGGUUGGAAAACUACACGUCCUUUGAGAAUGAGGGAUUUAAAAUAAUGGCUGAUGGCAUUAUUAAUGACAGCUUUAUUUUGCAUCUGAAGUUGGUCAGUGGAGCAUACUUACAGUGCUAAAUUGACCUAAUAGGAAUUUGGAUGAACUUAAUUUUGAAUUUAACACAACAUUCCAAUCUGUCAGAAGCAUGUAAACAGACUAUUUGAAUCUGUGUACCUCCAUACAAGUGUUAGCCAUACAGGCUGUAAGCUUACCUUUAAACUUUCAGUGAAAGUGUAAUUAUUAAAAUAUAAAUUUAUAUUUGUGCAUUUAGUGUGUAAGCUACGCUGAAAACCCUUAAUGUACUAGUUGUAUAAAAUAGAAAUCCAUUGUUGAAACUCCUGUAACACUAUGCUUUUAAUAUAGUUUUAAUGAUCUUCUUUAGAUAUAGACCCAUAAAAAUGGUCUGGAAGCCAAACCAAAGUGUGGUAGAAUGUAGAUAUUGUGAAGCACUUAACUGAAAACAUGUUGUGGCAUGGAUUCAGCUAUGCUUAAGUGGCUUUUUUCUAAUUGUAAAAUAGAAAUUUCAACUGGGACCUAAAGCAGUAAACAAUUUGAAAAUUUAGCCUAAUUUAUCCCUAAGUUGGCUAGUAAGUUGCUAUCUCUUUUUUUAAUCAUCUAGAAACUAUUAAAUAUUGAAAUGAAGAAUAAUAGUUUGCUUUGGAGUACUAAUAAAGUUUUAUUUAAAAAUGCUA